CGAAGUGGGGCCGAAUUCUAGCUUGUUUAAUAUCUAACCAAAAGGGUUCAGGUUCACCGGGUCGAGCAAAUAACCCAAUCCUAUACAGGUCUAGCCGUUUGGUGGAAGGCAUAUAUAAUAUUAUCCGGGAAUGCCGGGAAUCUGAUUCCGAGCAUCACACUCUCUAAAGUUGCGUAGUUGAGCAAGCGAAUCGCAAAUCAACACUCUCUCUCUCUCUCUCAAAAAAAAAAAAAAAAAUCCAGCCAAAACCACAACUGAUUUUCAAUGGCGGCUGUUUCAGGCGAAAGACCCACCAUUACUCACGUCAUCUUCGACAUGGACGGUCUCUUGCUUGACACAGAGAAGUUCUACACUGAAGUCCAGGAAAUUAUUCUUGCUAGAUUUAAUAAAACUUUUGAUUGGUCUCUUAAGGCAAAAAUGAUGGGUAAGAAAGCAAUAGAAGCAGCUCGAGUCUUUGUUGAAGAGACUGGGAUCAGUGAUUCUCUUUCAGCUGAGGAUUUUCUUGAAGAAAGAGAGGCAAUGCUGCAAAGUUUGUUUCCAACUAGUGAGCUCAUGCCAGGGGCUAGCCGUUUGAUUGAACACUUGCAUGCAAAAGGAGUUCCAAUUUGCUUGGCAACAGGAAGCCACAGGCGGCAUUUUGAGCUAAAAACACAAAGACAUGGUGAACUUUUUAAACUCAUGCAUCAUAUUGUUCUUGGUGAUGAUCCGGAAGUUAAACAAGGGAAGCCAUCACCAGAUGUAUUCCUAGCUGCAGCUAGAAGGUUUGAGGGUGGGCCAAUAGGUUCCCAGAAAAUUCUUGUGUUUGAAGACGCACCUGCGGGAGUUCAUGCAGCCAAAAAUGCUGGGAUGUCUGUGGUUAUGGUUCCAGAUCCAAUGCUCGAUAGCUCCCACCAUGCCUUAGCAGACCAAGUUCUGAGCUCCUUAUCAGAUUUCAACCCAAGUGAGUGGGGUUUGCCUGCAUUUGAAAGUGCAUAAACCUCCCCAUGAACCUCGCACCUUCCAUUGUCGCAAACAGAAGGAAGACUCUUAUCAAUUGAUUCUUAACCAUUAUAUGCACCUUGAUCAUUCUUUAACUUAAGGCACAUUAUUUAUUUUCUUUUGAGCUUAUUUUGGUUUAUAGACGUUAAUUAACAGUUAUGGAAAUUGGAAAGUGAUUAUCUUUAUUACUGAUUGCUUUGCCCCCCCUUGUCUGGUUUAUAAUUGAGAAAGGUUAAACGU